AAAAAAAAAAGAAAAUAAGCACUGUAAAACAAAUACUUUUAUUUUCUGCUAUAAAUUCAUAGUAUCAGUGGCGUUUCUACCUUUCUUAUGCAAGUGAAGCACAUAAUGCCAUAUAUAGAUAUACAUGUAGGGAGAGAGAGAUUUUUCCUUUUAAAAGUUGUUUUUUUUUUUUUAAUAAAAAAAAUUGUAGGUGGGCUAUGGAUUUUGCUGCGUUAGAGGAGAUGCUACUGCCGCACAGAGAGUCAACCAAAAGAAGCUAGAAGGGUCCUCAAAUUUGGGUCUUUCUCCUACUUUUCUGCUAGAGAGAGGGGGGAGGAGAAAUGGGUAUUGUUCCAGAUGAGGCAAUCAAUCAGUUCAAAGCACUAAUGGAUCAAGUUGAGGAGCCAUUGAAGAGGACAUAUCAAAAUAUUCAUCAAGGAUAUCACACUGAAACUUUGAUGCGUUUCCUAAAAGCUAGAGAAUGGAAUGUUGCCAAGGCCCAUAAGAUGUUGAUUGAUUGCUUACAUUGGAGGAUACAAAAUGAGAUCGACAAUGUAUUAACGAAACCUAUAGUUCCAACUGAUUUGUACAGAGCAAUGCGUGAUUCACAGCUCAUAGGCAUGUCUGGUUACUCAAGAGAGGGGCUUCCAGUCUUUGCUAUUGGUGUUGGGCUCAGCACAUUGGAUAAAGCAUCUGUCCACUACUAUGUUCAGUCACACAUUCAAAUAAAUGAAUAUCGGGACUGUAUAAUUCUGCCUUUUGCUUCAAAAAAAUAUGGGCGACCAGUAACCACCUGUGUGAAGGUGUUGGAUAUGACUGGUCUGAAGCUUUCAGCACUUGGCCAAAUAAAGUUGCUGACAAUCAUAUCAACAGUUGAUGACUUGAAUUAUCCAGAGAAAACAAAAACAUAUUACAUUGUAAAUGCCCCAUACAUAUUUUCAGCAUGUUGGAAGGUUGUCAAGCCUCUACUGCAAGAGAGGACGAGGAAAAAAAUUCAGGUGUUACCAGGUAAUGGGCGAGAUGAGUUGUUGAAGAUAAUGGAUUUGGCAUCUCUUCCACAUUUCUGUAAAAAGGAAGGGUCUGGAUCAUCACGACAUGCAGAGAACGCAGCCGAGAACUGCUAUUCCUUGGAUCAUCCGUUUCAUCAACAACUCUACAACUACAUAAAGCAGCAGUGCUUGAUCACUGAACCUGACAAACCAAUUAAACAGGGAUCUUUCCACGUGGAUCUCCCUGAGGAAGCUGUGGAAAGAACAGAAAUCGCCAAAACCAUUGAAUCUGAGCUACACAAGUUCGAGAAUGGUGAUGGACUUUCAAGGUCAGUAAGUGGCCUUAAAAUCAAUGAUUAUUGAGACUGUUGAGCGUCAUACAUUGUCCAUUACUUGAAGAGGUGAAUGCUCAAACGUGAUUACUUUGUUAUAGGUACACAAAUGUAAAAUAGUAGCGAUUCUCAAUGUCCCUGCUUGUGAGGGAAAAGCUAAUACUGUAUAUUAAUUUGAGAUUUUGGCUGGAUAAUUGGUAUAAAGCUUUCCCAGUAUAGGAAAUGUAGCAGAGAAUUGUAAUUCCUAGUUCCCCCAUUUCAUGCAUAAUACCAUCAUUUGGUUGUGAGAA